CCUGGGUAACACCUAAUCCGCUCCCCUCUUAAAAUUCUCUUGGCGGUAAAUGGCAGAAACGUAAUUUGAAAACCCUAAAAUACCCGCCAAUCUCUCUCUCUCUCUCUCUCUGAGGCGAAGAAGACGAUUCGAGCUUCCAUUCAAGAUCUAGAUUUUGGUAACUAGGUCUCUAUUUGCGGAUAUUGUUUUACGAAGAUGUAUGGGAGAAGGGGAGCUCGACUUUUGAGAGAAAUAGCCUGUGGUGAAACCGGACAGCUUACAGCUUUCAAUAAUGAUAUGUUUGAUCAAGUGAUCAAAGAAUGCAACGAGCAUCAGUUUCAGCUACAGUCCUUGAUGAGGAAAAUUCAGGAAGAAGGCUUGGACAUACAAACAGCUCGAAAUGCAGAUCAUUUUGGUGCUGUUGUUCACCAUCUUUCUCUAAUUCGCAAUAAGCGUUGCCUUAUGUCUUACAUGUACAACCGCACGGAGAUAAUACGGAGCUUGAGAUGGAAGGUUGGGCCAGUACUUCCACAGGAAAUUCAAGAAAAAUUCAAUUACUCAGAAGAAGAGUAUUUCAAGAAUCAUUCUGCAGCUUUAGAGUCAUACAUGUCCGAACUGGAUGUCGAUUUAACUGUGGACAUGGUCCCUCCCAAGGAUCCAUACAUUCAGGUCCGAGUCCUCGAUGACAUCGGUGAAGUGUUGCUUGGUGACCAGUCGGCAUCCCUUGUCCGUCACUCAGUGCACUCACUCAAGCGCACCGACGCUGAACCAUUCAUUUCACAGGGCUUAAUGGAGGAGUUUCUGGGUUGACAUGUGCACCCGCUCAUCUUAAUAACCAUACCCACAUCUUAAUUAUGAUGUUGUUACUCGCACAUAAAAGGAAAGAAAAUGCCUACAUUGGUACGUUGUGAUGUUUCAUUUUCCAUAAUAUCAUGUUCUUUCAUCUUGUUCA